AGUCGACAUCGCGAACCUUCUCGACGACUUCAAAUACAUGCACCAUCGCAACUUUGUUUAUCAUCUUCCAUACUGCAUCUCUCAUCAAAACCACCGCUACAACAGCCAUACCUCCUGUACCUCAAAUGCCGAUGGGUAGAGGGCCCUUUGGCAUGGGCAAGGGCGCUCAAGACCUCGGGGAUGGUAAGGGCAAGACAGGGGCAAAGCGCCACCGCAAUAUUCUACGUGACAAUAUCUUGGGAAUAACCAAGCCAGACAUCCGACGUCUCGCUCGUCGCGGAGGUGUCAAGCGUAUCUCAGGUACCAUUUACGAGGAAGUCAGAAGUGCGCUGAGGCAGCGCCUCACUACGAUCAUCCGAGAUGCAGUUGUGUACACUGAGUACCGUAAGGCGAAGACUGUUACUAUCAAUGACGUUCUCUUCUCUCUCCGACGUCUCGGUAAGCCGAUUUACGGGUUUGACCAUGCGUAAUGGAGCAGAAGAGUAUCAGCACAAGAUGUCUGCGAUUGAAUGCAGAUUGUUUUAUGGUAUGGCGUUGGUGGUUGGUUGCUUUGGUCAUGGAUAAAGUAGGACAUGUUGCAGGGAUUUUGUAUGCCUCAGAGCUUGCCCAUGAUGGGGGCAGAUGAUAUUGAUGAUACCAGGUAAUGAACAUCUACGGGGCAAAUCCCGG